AUGCCUGAAGCGCGAACUGAGGGCGAAUGCACCAGUCUGCCGGAUGGUCGCCUCAUCAUCGCGGGAGGACUGAGUCGAGGCAAGCCUCUCGCUUCCGUGGCCUGUUUCACGCCAAGUAGCACCUCAGAAUAUGCUGUCACUAACACAGGCAGCUGGCGACUGAUUGCACCCAUGGCAACUGCUCGCAUCCGACCCGCUCUGAUGGCUCUUCACGGAGGGGUCCUAUCAGUAGACGCCCGUGGCGCCGUGGAGUUUUUAGACCCCCCAAGUGUUGGUGACUACUCUUCACGCGGCCAGUGGACCAGUAUCCGUCUGCCCUGCAGCUCCACAGUUGGCGCACAGAAAUCUCACACCCUGACUUUGUUCCAGAGGCCCGUGCUGGCACUCGGACAAUCCGGCAACGUAUAUGUAUUUGAUCGGAGUUCGAACCUGGUUGCCUGCCUCCUGGCUGACGGAAACCUCAACCCCAGUGCACCGAUGAUGGAGUCAGUCCACUCCACGCAGAACCAUUACGAAAUCGCAGACGGCAUCGGAGACUUGGAUGCAGAAGCGGAAUCAGUAGUUGCAAAGGUUCUUGGGACAAUGCGUGCAUGGCGGCCGCUCAAUCCAGUCAGCGAGACAUUCCUUCUGGAAGACGCCUGUUUGAUCCCGGCCCAGAGUCAAAUUGCAAAAACAAUCAACGGUCUGGUCCGAUUGCGGGAGGAAACACGGGCGUCCCGUUCUACUAGCCUGCUUGUGUCAGCCUACAACUUUCUCACGCGGUCACACGGUACUGGAAAAUAA